AUGACUUGUAGAGUUUAUAACCUCUCACAUAUUUUAUUUAAAUUUAUUAUAAGAGAAAACAUUCGAAAUAUAAGGUAUUUUAGUAACAAGAAAUCGUAUAAUGUACUAUUUUUUGGAUCUGACAACAUUGCACUUGGUAGCCUCAAACGUGUAAAUGAGUUUCGAAAAGAAGAAAGUAAAAUUGACCGUCUUUCCCUAGUAACAGCAAAUACAUCUUUAAAUAAGUCUGCCAUAGAAAAAUACGCUCACACGGAAAAUAUAAACACUUUACAAUGGCCUUUGCAACGUCUUCAUAUUGGAGAAUACGAUAUUGGUUUGAUUGUAGCAUUUGGACACCUGAUUAAAGAUGAUCUGCUUAAGAAAUUCCCACUGGGAAUGGUUAAUGUUCAUCCAAGUCUUCUGCCUCGCUGGAGAGGAGCAGCACCUAUAAUUUAUACUCUCCUGCAUGGUGACCAAAUUACUGGUGUCACACUAAUGAAAAUCAAACCAAAUAUUUUUGAUGUUGGGGAAAUAAUAAGUCAAGAAGAAGUAGCAGUUUCAAAUGAUAUUAAAUUGCCCGAGUUGACAGAGCAAUUGUCAACAAUUGGUGCAGAAAUGCUUGUUGAUUGCUUAAGACAUUUGCCUCAUAGCUUAGAGAAUGCACAGCCUCAAAGCAAUGAAGGAGUUACAUAUGCAAAGAAAAUUAAUAAAAGUAUAUGUGAAGUUAAAUGGUCGGAAAUGAGCGCUAUUCAAGUGUACAAUUUAUAUAGAGCUAUAUAUGGCUUGUAUUCUCUCAAAACAAAGUUCAGAGACAAAGAGAUGAAAUUAUUCAAUGCAUUUCUAGAUGACAAUAAUGAAGUUGAACCAAACAGUCCUCCAGGUACUUUACAGUAUUGUGAAAGAACUAAGUCUUUAAGGAUACUAUGUAGGGAUAGAAGAUAUAUAAAUUUUAAAUCUAUUAGAAUAGUAGGAAAGAAAGAAAUCACUGCUUUAGAUUUUUUUAAUGGCUAUAUUAAAAAUGUUUCAUUGAACAAAGAAAAUUUAAUGGUUUGUUAGCGAUUUUGUGAUAAAUAUAUGUGAUUUUAACUUACAUGAGUUUAACUUUUUAAUAUUAGAAAUGUUUUCAUUGUUUUUAACUUAUGGAAGGUUGCCAAAUAGUAUAUUUAUUUUUGCAUAAGUGGCUUAAGUAACUACACUAACCAAUCUCCGUGAUUAAAGAUUUAUUUGGUGAUUCCGAGUUAAGACACUAUACCGAUAGGAUAUUUAUUUUAACAAGUAAAAAGACGAAAUUAGAUUAAAAUAUUUAAUGAAACACCCAAGACAAGUAUGUAAUAUUUUUUUAUUAAGUGUCAUAUUCUAUCAAUAUUUAUUUAUUAAACUGAAUACACUACAGAAAAGCUAUUCACAUUGAGCAUUUAUAAUUGUCUUUUUUUAAUAUUUAAUUGUAAAAU